GCUGCAUUUAGUUCAACUUUGUUUCUUCGUCUCUAGCAGGAGAGUUUUGUGCGGCUGCCACUUCGAUUUCAAGGUUAGACCAAUUCUCCGAUCUGUGUUCGUGUCUGCUCGAUCGCAUCAUUGUUUGAGCUUUGAAAGAUGGUGAGAAUCAGUGUGCUUAACGAUGCUCUGAAGAGUAUGUUCAAUGCGGAGAAGAGAGGCAAGAGGCAGGUCAUGAUCAGGCCUUCGUCUAAGGUCAUCAUCAAGUUUCUCAUUGUCAUGCAGAAACACGGUUACAUUGGCGAGUUCGAGUACGUUGAUGACCACAGGUCUGGUAAGAUUGUCGUUGAGCUCAAUGGAAGACUGAACAAAUGUGGUGUCAUCAGUCCCCGUUUCGAUGUCGGAGUUAAGGAGAUCGAAGGGUGGACCGCUCGUCUUCUUCCUUCCAGACAGUUUGGCUACAUUGUUCUCACAACCUCUGCCGGUAUCAUGGACCACGAAGAGGCCAGGAGGAAGAAUGUUGGUGGAAAGGUUCUUGGAUUCUUUUACUGAAAAGGCAACAACUUCAUGAGAAGGCUAUACUUUUGCUUCUCCUUUUGGUGAGAUGAGGAAUUCGAUUGAGCUCAAAGUUAAGAGGGUGGUAGACGUUUCUCUGUUUUUAUCUUUUAGAUGAUUUUGUUUGUUUUCGGUUUUUGCUCAAAAGUUACUGAAGACAUACAAAGUAGACAGUAAUUUUCAAUGAAAAACUUGCUUCUCUUGAGCCAAUUGUCUAUCUAUGGCAUUUUAUUUUCAGUUCA